UUUACAAAAUAAAUUUUUUUCGUAGACAAGAAAAUAUAAAGCAUAAUGGCUGAUGAAAAUACAUCAGAUGCAGUUACAAGUAUCCCUCAGAACGAGGAUAUCAAAAAUUCAAACCAUAUAACAACAGAAGCGAUUCAACAACUCUCUGAUGGCAUUGUACAGUUAUACAAACCUGAAAUUUCGGGUAUACAUGAAAAAGUAAGCGAAUUAUUACGAAACCAAAAUGUUUUACGUGACAGCACGCAGAAUGAACUUACACAACUUGAAGAAUGUGCCAUGCUGAAUGACAUUUUGGAAAAAUUUGAUAAGGUUAAAUUGUACAGCAAAAAACUUGUGACAAUGAAAAGAGAUAUGAACAAUUUGAUGGAACGUGCAGAGAGGGCAAGAAUGAAAGCACAGAAACUUCAACAACAAAAAGAGAAAGAGGAACUUGAAACUGCUAAAGAAAAAGAGAGGCAGAGAAAAUAUGAAAAAGAACUAACUGCAAAACCUGCAGCUGAAUAUGCUAAGGAUUCUACGCAAUGAAAGUAUACAUGCUAUGCUUUAAAUUAUACUACAAAAUUUCAGCUGUAUCUAGAGUUAAAAGUGCAUGUCUUCGUGUUUUUUUUUGUUGGUUCCUUGAUUUUAAAAUCUAAGAAUGUUUAAAUUAUAAUUUACUUUCAGGAAAAAAAAUUGAGAAUAUUUAAGACUGAAAGCCAUGUCAUUGGAUUUUAUGACCUUGUUUUCGUUCUCAUAGAUACUAUAGAAUAUCACAAAAUUAUCUACUUUAAAUUUUGUUUUCACAAAUGCUUUUAAACAAUGACAAAAUUGAGUUGAUAAAUGAUCUGAGUUUAAUUAUUUAGAAAAAGGAACAUGCAUACUUUUUGGUUAUCACGUUUUUACAAUGUAUUACGUACCGUUUUUUUUAAUUGAAGUGAAGUAGAAAAAUUUUUUUUCGUAAAUUUCUUAUUAGUAAAAAUAAUUGUCUAUUUUUUUUCUAUUACAUUCAGAUGCAUGCUUUUUUAUAUAAGAAUAGUGAUUUUUCGUUUCAUCAGGAAUAUCAUCAGUUAAGAUUGACAGAUCUGAGAUUGCAAACUAGUGGUGCUGUUGUCUAAGCUGUUUAAUUCAACUGUCAGGCAAGCAGCUAGAUUGUAGGAGGAAAAAAUACUCUAAAUGAAACUUUUGUUUUUGCUUAUAUUCCAUUUAGGAUGCCAGCACAUUUUCAGAUGAGUGUAUUCUUUGGAUAUUCUUAAAGCGUUUCUUAUUUUCUUCUUGAAUAUUCCUAUAAAGUAUAUUCUUUUAAAAAAGCGUGUAAUGUAAAGAACAGCAAUACCUUGACUGGCAAUUAUUUAUUUAUAUUAUAUAUUAUUUAUGUAAAUUUCGUGGGACUGACAGUUGGAGGGGGUCAACAAUAGAUAUGGGAGGAGGGGAGUCAUUCAAAUUGUUUUAUCUGACCUCCUUUGAACACAAUGCUUCUUCAUAAGAAAGUUGAAUUAUUUCUUGUGUUA